CCCCCUUAGACUUCUGAACCUAGCUGGAUCCCACCCCGGGCCCCAGGGGACGCCCUAACAACGAAGUGAUUGGGGGAAGGGGCUUAGACAACGACCCCUAGUUCCCCGGGAAAUGUAGGGGAGCAGCUGGACUCCCCGAGCUGCCCAAGGAGGUCGGCGCCCUAGGCUUCUUGGUGGCAUGCUGGGGCGCGGGGAGGGGGUGACUCUUACCCGAAGGUUGCCUUGCUGCAGGCGGCGGUCGGUCCGGGCGGCGGCUGUAAUCCACCAGGCGCUGCCCCGAGGCGCGCACUCUCGGCAGCAGGGACCCGUUCAUGUUGGAGGAGAAGCCGCGUCGGAAGCGCGCGGCUGUAGUCGCCCCGAGCAGGCCAGUUGCUCCCGGCAGGCGGUAUCGGCGCCGGCCGGGAGCUCGGCGCCUAAAGCCCCUUCUAGGCCCUCCCUCCCCAGGCUCCCCACCAGCUCCGGAGGUGGUAGCAGUGCAGACCGAGUGAGCGGCGGUGGGGCCAGGGAGCGAGCCGAGGCUGCCGCGGACUCCGCAAUCCCACAGCCGGCGACUGGAGCCCACCUCUGCAGAGACAAAGGAACUGCUCUGGAGAUCUUUCCCUGAAGAUGCCCAAGGAUUCAGCAAACACCGGGGAAGCAGAGAAUACAACAAGCUUGGAUGUGAAAUAGCCCUACCUUCUGUAUUGCAGAAGAAAACAGUAUUUUAAAUUACACAAGCAGAUGGGGCUUGUUGGGCCCUCACAAGCCCAGAAGACUUCACACUGGUAUACUGGGGUGUGUGUGUGUGUGUGUGUGUGUGUGUGUAAUUAAGCAAAGAACUUGUCCAAUUCCAAAAUUUUCUGAGAAGUAAUCUCAAUAGUCAAUUUGCCUCAUUAUCCUCUCCCUAUCUUACCCAAAUAAAAGCAGAGCUUUACUACUCUCCUUUUCAGCUUGGGGAAUGAGGGCCUCGAAGAGACUUUGCACUGAAAAAGCAGCCAUAUUUGCAUUUUCUCCACUUGUGUGGAGGUAAGCGAUGUACUGGGCUUUGUGGAACCUCACAAAAUGGCAUCCUUGAACUGACUUCUCUGAAAACCACUGAGACCCACAUGCUCUUUUGUGUGUUUCUGGUUGUUGCAAACCAAGAGCCUAAAUCACUCAGAAGGCCUGGUUCUUUCAUUCAGCGUUAACAUUGGAGAGUACUAUCUUUCUCUAAACCAUUUACAGACCUCUCCAGGCAGACUGCCGCAGUCCAGGGCUGAAAAGUGCUGCCUGGGAUGGCAAAGCAUUCUCUGAAGGUUUAUGCAAAUUUCUGCAGCAAAAAAAUGUUCGCUUGUUGCCUCAACGCUCUGAUGUUGACACAUUUGAGCCAAUUAGAAGGGCACCUUGUGCGCAAGUCACUGCCAGUCUGUCUGCAUGAAACAUCAUAAUGGGGGUGGAGAUAUCUAGUCAGUGUAAGAAAGAAGGUGGCGAGUAAUUCCCCAAGGUCUUUAUUUGAACACAAAUCUAUGCUCUUUCCUAGCUACAAAAGGAAACAUUUACCUACAUUUAUAAUCAACACUCUGGGCAUGUGUGUAAGCUAUGUAUACAUCCAAAUUUAUAUUCUAAAAUACACCAGCUAUUGCAACAGUC